AUGAUUCUUCUGUAUAACUAAAAACUACGUCGUUUCAUGGAGAUUCCUGUGAUUACUCGAGUUCGAACUACAACGACGUCGUCUUAUGCUUCCUGCUGUAGCAGAACAGUUGAUGUUGGGUUGACUAUAAGACUGAAUAGGUGGAGAUGUGCUGGGAGAAAAAGAGUGGUGGGUGUGAGAGCUUCGGCGGAGGUGAGUGGUGGUGACGGCGGAGAGAGCAAGAGUGGCGGUGGUGGUGGUUACCGGAGCUCCGGCAUGGAGGUUAUUACGUUGGAUAAUCAAAGGUUUUCGGAUUCGGAGUUGCCUGUUUGGGACAAUAAUAAUAAUAAUAUUGGUGUUGUUGUUAGACUUGCUUAUGGGAUAGGCAUAUAUGGAACAAUGGCAUUAGCAGGGAACUUCAUAUGCUCAGCCGUAGGAAUCGAUGGAACCGGAGGUUAUUCCCCGUCGUUAGAGGCCAUCGUAGCAGGAAUAGGAUACGCUGUUCCUCCCAUCAUGGCCCUCUUAUUCAUUCUAGACGAUGAAGUUGUAAAGGUGUCACCGCAUGCUCGGGCAAUUAGGGAUGUAGAAGACGAAGAAUUACGAAGCUUUUUCUAUGGAAUGUCUCCAUGGCAGUUUAUGCUUAUGGUUGCUGCAAGCUCUGUUGGCGAGGAGCUUUUCUACCGAGUUGCCGUUCAGGGAGCGUUCUCAGAUGUUUUUCUAAGGAGCACUGAGUUAGUAACAAAUGCACGCGGAAUGGCUUCACUGGCUGGUGUGCUGCCGCCGUUUGUACCGUUUGCCCAGGCGUUUGCAGCCGUGAUCACAGCAGCUCUCACGGGUUCACUGUAUUAUGUUGCUGCAUCUCCAAAAGAUCCUACUUACAUUGUCGCACCGGUUUUGAGAUCUCGUUCUAGUCGUGACGAAAUGAAGAAGCUUUUCGGAGCCUGGUACGAGAGGCGGCAAAUGAAAAAGAUAUAUUCUCCAUUACUUGAAGGACUUGUAGCUCUUUAUCUUGGAUUCGAAUGGAACCAGACAAAUAACAUUCUAGCGCCCAUUAUAACACAUGGGAUAUACUCUGCAACGGUACUAGGACACGGGCUUUGGAAGAUCCAUGAUCAUCGACGACGACUCCAGCAGAGAAUCCGGUUGCUACAACUUAAAGAAAAGGAGUUUCUGGAUUAAGAUAUUGGGUGAAGGAAAUUUAAAUUGUAUGCAAGUUAGGUUACAUUUUUUCAACAAUGCUAUAAAAAAAGUAUACAGUUAAGGGUCAUAGAAAUACAGUUAAGUAGUGAUCAUGCAAAUAGAAGAAUAAACUCUUGGCUUUUGAUGAACACAAUGAUCGACGUUUUCUGAUUAAUAAAAACUAUUACAAGAUUAGUCU